GCGCACACCAUGCUUUCAGAGUAGACCUUAAGUGGUGUAGUUAGUUUGCUGAUUAUAACUCUACUUUCUAUAGUGUUUACUUGUCAUGUUCUUUGAUUCUCAUUAUGUUUAUAUUUAAUCAAUUUAGUUAACUGGUAUACGUUUACAGUUUUUUGUUUUUUUUUUUUGGUGAACACAAAAAGAUAGUAUGGCUGAAACAGCAGUAAUGGAGAGUGCAACAACUCAUCAGCACCUAUCCGGGGAUGGAGAUUCUACAAUGUUGUGUGGGGAGUUCCUGUCUUCUCCCACGUCUUCUAGAUUGUAUCCAGCACAGCCAGCUGUAAGCCAGAGCUGGUGCCAGAGAAAGUCUUCCUCACAGACUAUGUUUAUGGAAGGCUUCAACGACUGCGCAGUGGAGGUGAUGAGGUAUCUCAAGGAGGUAGAGGGGAUUGAGGAUAACAAUCCCAUGCUGACGGACCUGCAGGGCCACCUGACUCAGGUCAAAAAAGUCUUUUGUCAGGAAAGUAUCUUAGAUGAAGAGACAUUAGGAGAGGAUGGCGUCUACGACAUGACCUGCCAUGAGAAUCUGAAUACCAGUGUUGUGGAGAGCAGAGUGCAUCACUCCAGUGUUUCCAUGGACUCUAUGCUGGGUCAGGUGGCAUGCACAUUAUCCCCCAUCCCUUCCAGGUCAGUCAACAGCUCUGUUUCUGAUGCCACAUCCAUAGAGUCCGACAUGCUGUCAUCGCAUCCAUCCCUGAGUAACAUCCACUGUCAGUCCCUCACUUCAGAUCUCAGCGCCAGCUUAUCCAACUACAACCAUGACAUCUUGUUGGAUUCAGUCAGGCAUGAUGAUGUCUUUCACCAGUGCCAGAACUCCCCUUGUAUUAGCAGCAGCUCAGUUCCAUCCCUAAAACAGUUGGCUAGUGAUAUCUUGCGAGAAAGUUCUCACAGAGUCUCUGUCCACCAAUGCCAUCACCACAUGGAACAGUUCCAGCCUUUUUCAUAUUUUUCUUGUGGAGAUGGUCUGAUGUCCUCAAGGCCAUUACAUCUUGUUGAGCCUAUUGGUCAGUCUUCUCCGGUUUUACCAGUUUCCUUGUCAAACUACAAUCUAUUUGGUCAUCUCUCGCACGGAUCAACUCAAAACGUCUUACAGCACACACUGGAGCCCAUAUCCCCAUUAACUAUAAACACUAAUGUACAAUUGAACUCAGAGCCAGUACCCCAAUCAUGUGAUGGUAACAUGUAUAAUUCAUUGAACUUAAAGCAAUCUCAGGGGCCAGAAUUCACGAAGGUGCUAACCCAAAAUGUACACAGUGUCCUUGAGCAGCGAGCCAGCAUGCUCUCUGGCAUUGACACUUCUAUUGUUGCAUCUGGAGAGCUUGCAGACGUCCUCAUGGCAGUGGAGACUUGCAGGUACCAUGAUGACUCCAGAAUACGAGCCAUUGCAGAUGAGAUCUUUCAUUUGAUACAGGAGGAUUAUUCAGAUGAUGAAUUUGAAGAUUCCUUUGAAGAUGACAAUGGAGAGCCCAAUAGAAAUGAUGAAAGUGGGAUUGAAAUGAUGGAUGAAAGCUUAGACUGGGGAAAUCCUGAUUUGAUUGAACAAUGAUGUGUGAAAAAUCUGAAUCAUUAUUUAUUAUAGACUUUGAGAUUGUUAAUAUAUAUAUCUUUAUUUUGUAUUCUUUAUUUUUUUUAAAUGUUAUAUUUUAGUUUCCAUGACUGCUUGGCUGUGAAUGUUUGGGAUUUGGAUUGAGUGAUGAAUAGUAAAUGAUUGAUGUUUAUUAUCUUAAUGUACAGUUAUUGCCUACAUAAUUUAAAAUAAUAUGCAUAU